UCAAUAUUUCUCCCCAUCUAAUGAACUGUAUUCCUCUCAAUAUUUUUUGAAGCACAAAUUCUCUUGUCUCUCUUUCUUUCUCUGCCUCCAAUCCCAAUAUUCUCUUCCCUUCUCUCCUUCAUUUGCACCAUUCAAAAGCCCGAAACAUUCUUCUUCUUCUUCUUCUUCUUCAACAAACCAAUAGCAUAAACACGUGGCCUGACUCUUCAAAGCUCUACCAUCUCUUGGGUACGCAGUUGUAUUAAAUAUUUGGAGGGAGGGAGAAUUUUGUCGUAGUGAUCAUACCGGCUUGAACAGAUUGCCUUCGGUGGAGGCGUAGGAUACCUGUGGUUUAAACCAAAAAAAAGAAGAAGAAGAAAGCUCUAGCCUCUCACGUUGAAACUCUCAUGCCAUUCUCUCUUCACUUACCCACCAAUCACCCAUCAUGGAACCUUCCAAACCCCAAGCAACCAACACCCACUAAGCAAAACCUCAUUUUUCGGCGAUUCCCGGUCUUUUCCUCGCUCAGAACCUCCCUCGACUGCGUCUCCGAUGGAGGCGUCGAGAAGGGCUCUUCUUCGAAGCCAAUUCGGCUCCCAUUCGUGGUGAGGAGCCCCGCCAGUGUCUCGAGAUUCUUCUGGACCGGAAACUGCUUGCAGGUCGUGAGCGUCGACGGCGGCGGCAGUGCGGCUUCUGACGUGAGUUUUGAUGAUAGGUGGCUGAGGGCGUUUGGCUCUGUUGUGUGGGACUUCUUCAUUCCGAGAGGAGUCACUGGGAACUAUGUGGAGUAUGUCAAAUGGAAGCUUCUUCAUCGUGUUUUCAGCUCCGCGCUUCAAGUGCUUGCCACUCAGGCAAUGUUUACAGCCAUGGGAGUUGGAUUCUCCAAUUCCCUUCCAUCAGCUGCUGCCCUUAAUUGGGUCUUAAAAGAUGGUCUUGGACGACUAAGCAGAUGCAUAUACACUGCUAGCCUAGCAUCUGCUUUUGAUACAAAUUUAAAGAGGGUUCGGUUCACUACAUCUGUCCUUUUUGUUGCAAGCAUUGGACUUGAGUUACUUACUCCUGCAUUUCCUCGUUGCUUCCUGCUUCUUGCAACUAUUGCCAAUAUUUCUAAACAAAUAAGCCUGGCUUGUUACUUAGCGACUCGGUCAGCUGUUCAUCAAAGUUUUGCAAUAGGAGACAACCUUGGUGAAAUUUCUGCUAAGGCACAGAUUCAAACAGUGUGCUUUGACAUCCUUGGUCUUAUGCUUGCUGCACUUGUUAAUCUGUGGAUAGAGAACCAUCGAAGACAACAAGCAGGUCUCCAUUACUUUAUUUAUCCCUUUUUUGCUGCUAUGGACCUUUUUGGGAUUUAUCAAGGACUAAAGACUGUCCAUCUGCAAACCUUGACUAAGGAUAGGCUUGAAAUUAUUCUGAGCACUUGGAUUGAGUGUGGAUAUGUGCCAUCCCCUGCAGAGGUGAGCGAGAAAGAAGGAAUUAACUUUCUGGGAGUGAAAGGUAAAAGCUUGUGGCCAAUUAGAAUAGGGUGCCUAAAUCCCAAGGACCAAGUACCCAAGUGGUCAAUGAAGACAAUACAAUGUAUAACAGAUGAGGAUUAUUACUUUGUGUGCGCUGAGAUCUUCGAUGGAUUAAGAAGAACCGGAAAGCCGUCUAUCCUUCUUUCCAUACGUGAAGGAGCCAAAGCAGUACAUAUAAUCAUGGGUUUGCUGCAGGCUUGCUACAUCAGAAAGGCUCUACUCUUGAACAGUACUAGGUGGGAGAUUAUUAUAGAGGAAAGCCAUGCAUCAGACUCAACAAUGGAGGAUUGGUCUGUAAUUGUUGAGGAUGCCAAGAGAUCUACAGAAAGGGAUAUGUCUAAUUUGAUUGAACAAAUGGUGGGAAAGGGUUGGAUGGUGAAGAACAUUCUAUUGUCAACACAAGAGCAGACUCGAUACAGUUUUGUAUGUGAUUAAUGAUAGUUUUCAAAAUUUGGCUGGCUCCUUUAUUCAAUGGGAGUGUUUGGGGAUACGAUACCAUUCAUUUUGAAGAUUAGACUAAAGAAUAAGGUAAAAAAUGUGUUGUAUAUUCAUAACUUUCAUUAUAACCAAAAAAUAUAUUCAUAAAUCAUAAUUAAUCUUCUGCUGGAGGGUGUUUUUAAGCCCAUACACUGAUUAUGUAAUGAGUACCUGAAUUGUAUUAUUAUACAUUUACACAGAAAAAAGGGCUAUGCUCUUCUUUUCUUAUUGUUUAUGUAACUUGUAUUAUCUGUG